AUGCAGGACGUGGCAGCCACCUUCAUUGACAAACCUCCGUCUAUGAUCAAUCACUCACAGGGAAUUACUCAUUGGACACCUCCUAUAAAAGAAUAUGUCAAGCUAAAUUCUGAUGGUGCCUUCAUUAAAGGAACAGCUUCUGGUUAUGGUGCUCUCAUUCGGGAUGAUAAAGGUUUUUUCUUGGUAGGUGUUGCUCUCAAAGAUAUUCCAAGAUCUGUCCUUUAUUCUGAAUGUGCAGCCAUGAGACUAGCCUUGUUGCUUGCUUUGGAAUUGGAGAUCCAUGAUUUGGUGGUGGAAUCAGAUUGUGCAGAUUUAAUUAAAUAUGCCAGACAUCUUUCUAAUCCACCGUGGGAAAUCUUACUACUUAUGCAAGACAUUUGGAGCUUUCUUUCACACUUUCAUUCUGUUAUUAUUAUGCAUGUUGUGCAAUCUACAAACUCUUCAACGCAUCUCUUAGCUGCUUUUGGAACUUCUUUUUAUGAUUCAUCUCUUUGUAAAUGGGUGGGUAUGCCCCCCUACUUUCCUUGGGAUGUACUUGAACUUGAUCGUGGAUAUAUUUCUAAUGCAUAA